AUGGGGAGAGCCGCCCUCUUUGAAGGGUUUUGCGGUGCAGUUUCUGUAAGGUUUUGUGUUGGCCAUUUUUGCAGAGGUGACCACAGGCUUGAUGUCCCUACUACUGGUGGUGCCCUUCCUGCAUGGAAUUUACACAAGUUCAGAUCUUCAGGAAGAAUGCACGAUACAAGAGUUGAAUUCAAGUGA